UCUUCCAAAACUACAAGGGCUUCGUUGACAAAAACUCACCCAUGUGCUUCACAGCGCCCAAAGCUAAACAAAAGCCCAAAACGUUAGACAUACAAAGCCUUUACAGGAGUCAUAUCCAGGCUUACUUCACUAGCCCCAGCCUCCAUCUCUCUCUCUCUCUCUCAGAAAAACACAAAAAUGGAAGCAGAGAAAGAGAAUCAGUAUAAGAAAGGGCUGUGGACAGAGGAGGAGGACCGGAUUCUGCUAGAAUACAUACAGGUGCACGGGAGAGGAAAGUGGAACCGCAUCCCUAAGGUGACAGGUUUAAAGAGGUGUGGGAAGAGCUGUAGGUUAAGAUGGCUCAAUUAUCUCAGCCCCACUGUGAAACGCGGCGGUUUCUCGGAGGAAGAAGAAGAUCUCAUUAUCAGACUCCAUAAUCUCCUUGGAAACAGGUGGUCGUUGAUUGCGGGGAGGGUGCCGGGAAGAACCGACAACCAAGUAAAGAACCACUGGAACACUCAUUUGCGCAAGAAACUUGGCAUCAAAAAGCAAAACAGGAAAGUUGUGGGCGCGUCCAAACAGCACUCUACUGAUGAGGCGGAAGAGAGACACCAACUGUCUUCGGAAAAUUCGCAAUAUUCUAAGGUCUCUCACAAGAGUGACGCCAAAUUGAUGGAAGUGAGGACAAAUGACAAGGCAUUGACUGCCGGGACUGAGGCAUCUAAUGGAGAAUCACAAUGGAUCAUGAGCAGGCAUUUUGCAGAAUCUUCGCCGUUGAUUUCGGUUGAUCAUCAUCCGAUUCUGGACAGUCCAGGCUUCCUGGAACUUCUGGAUGGGUAUCCUUUUGACCUAGGGUGGCAAAGCCUCUGAUUUUUUUUUUUUUUGGGUUAAUAAAUAAUCCAUUUUUGUCGCUAAUCAUUCACCUCUAUCUUGUACGUCCUUCGGAUAAUUUUUUAUUUUUGUUCCAUUAAUUUACUUACAGUUGUACGUAUAUCAUAUCACAUUAUUAUAAAAAAUUAAAUAAUGUGAUAACAUAUUCAUCCUGUAUGUAUA